CAAAUAAUACUAGCAGAAGUAAUUGGCAUCACGAACGAGAAAAUAGAAGCCAUACCGUGCCUGUCAUACCGGCUACAGUUAAGAUUGGAGGGGGCGAGCCAAAUCCCGAUUCAUCCCAGCGAGAASUGCGAAUCGAAAGAUCAAAAUCGAAAGGGAAACAAGGGCAUGAUUUCGGACAAACCGAGAACGAUCGUUUCGACAUUGUUCGAAACGGGGAGCACGAUACGAAACUGCAAUAGACGCUCGCGACCGAUGACAAGAAYGCACGGGUUCUCGUCGUCGUCUUCGAUCGGUGCCAUCGCCCUGGUGCUAACGAUGUGCCUGUCCACCCUCGGAGCCGCAUCCUCGCAAGAACAGUUUGGAACCCAGUGUUCCUUUGCCAUUACGGGCCCCACCCUGGACGGGUGCGAUCCAUCCCUCCUGGACMACCGCCAGAAGUUUUACGACGAWUUCAUGGAGGGMUGCGGAGAGCGGUACGACCGAGAGGAUUGCGAGAACGAAGAAAGCGUCCGCUACAAAAUGAACAUUGAGCAGCCCCAAUCGAUGGUCAACAUGACGGCGACCGGGUACCGAAAGACCAAGGCACCAGCCUCUCUCAUCAAGCUUCUUACAGAGUUUUGGGAAGCCAACAAGGACAAACAGGAAGAAGAAGAAUGGGGGGAGGGGUCGAUUUACACGGUGAGUGCGAUAUUGAUAGCAACAACGGCACCGCGUAUGGAGUUUGGAACGGGUCGUCGCAUCGCAGCAAUAAYAAAACGGAAGCAAUCGAAACGUCUGUUAAAGAAAGGCUUCUGAUAAACUGCGCUCCGAUCGAUCGAAGCACCUCAGUAAGAACGCGAGAAGUACACGCUUGAAACGGAUGGCAAAAAAGAAAUUUUUCUCAACGCUCACGUCGACGGAUUUUUGCGUUUGCUUUCUGGUCUACGAAUCCAAUCCAAUCCAAUCCGUUUCGGAAAAAAUAUGUGGUUUUGCAUCGUGGCACGGAAUGCUUUUUGUAACGAUGCGUUCGUACGAACCUUGAACCAUGAAUCGUGGCUUCUCUCACAGAACCACUGGGCGGCCCCGACGUACGUGGUCGAUGUCGAAAGUCCUCGGCUCAGUGGCGGUGGCGAAAGACUCAAGAAAGCCAUCUGGGACGCUGCCAUCGAUGGCAUUGCCGAGUGGACGGGCGGGGUCGCCAAGCUCCGGCCCGUUUCGCUGUAUGGAAUCCGGGUUUACAAAGAGGGAGCGGUCCUUAACCCACACGUCGACCGGAAUCCGCUGGUCAGCAGCGGGAUCGUAAACGUCGCCCAGGACAUCGACGAGCCGUGGCCUCUGGAGGUGUACGACCGCAAUGGCCACGCCGUCAACGUGACCAUGGAACCCGGSGACAUGAUUCUGUAUGAAUCCCACUCGCUCAUCCACGGCCGGCCCUUUGCCCUGAAGGGCAGGUUUUACGCCAACGUGUUUAUCCAUUUCGAGCCAUACGAUGGGUGGGACACAACCAAGGGCCAGACCCAGCUUGGUGAUAACAACGGGGAUUUACCGCCCUACAUUUUGCCGGGAUCGCCACAGGAAAAAGCCUGGAGGGAAGAAUACCCCAACGGCUGGUCCAAGAUCUAUGCCGAGGGUGAUGAACCUCCGGUCAACGAGUACGCKGCCUAUGGUGACCUGCAAGAAUUGAAGGAGGUCGGAGACAAAGAUCCGGGAAUGCUGCGCUGGAUGGAUGAGAAUGGUUGGACUCCGGUACGUGUGAUAGCAACCCGUGCUGCGUUGUGUUGUGUUGUAGUUUCACGGAUUGGAAAAACGACCAGAAAAUAUAAUGCAACGGAUCUCACCUUUUCUGUUUGGGUCACUUUUGGGUUUCUCCUUUUCCUUGCUGUCCUACCCAUACAAAACCAUACUUUGCAUUGCAGCUGCACGAGGCAGCUCGCACUGGGAAUUUUGAGAUGGUCGAUUACCUCGUUCAGAAGGGCGUUCACAUCAAUGCUCUCACGCACGAUAAUUCUUCUCCACUUCGUGUCGCCAUCAACGAGCUAGGAGAAGACCAUGAAGUCGUGAAAUUUCUAAUGGCCGUUGGUGCCGAAGACCACGGAGGGUCUGUCGAAGACGAACAGGAAGAAGAAGAAGAUGACGAAUACGAAGACGACUACCACGACGACUAUGAGCCCGAUGAGACACCAUCCGAAGUAAGCGAUCCCGCACCUGAAAGCCAGGCCGGGAAGGUGGCAUGGCCCGAUGACGACGAGGAGCUAUGAAGAGCCACCCUGACGAAACUCAGUAUCGUACAAAACAAUUGCUGAAGCUUUGAGUAUGGCACGAAGUGAUUCGUGCGACCAAUCUGAGACAUCGUUUCUCCAUCAGACACCUAUCCUCGAUGGGUGCAUGGGAUUUCGCAAGAGGGUGAUAUUGAAAUUCAUAUUUAGUACUAGUACUACUAUUCCUGCUUAAAUUAGAUCUUGUGAACUAAUUUGACUUCCUACUGGUAYUGAUGCUAUUUCUUAAGACAGCUCGCGCAAUAGAGCACUGCCUUUCGC